CGGCCGGGCUGACUUGGCCGGCGCGGAGGACGCAGCGGGGCGGGAGGUCAGGCAUCCGAGUGAGGCCAUGGAGCGCGAAGUCCACGGCUUCGCCAGACGUUUCGGUCUGGCCGGUCGCGACCCCUGCGGUUCCGGAUCCAGCAGCUCGAGGCCCUGCGGAGGAUGGUGCAGGAGCGCGAGAAGGACAUCCUGGCGGCCAUCGCCGCCGACCUGUGCAAGAGUGAAUUCAAUGCAUACAGUCAAGAAGUCAUUACUGUCCUUGGGGAAAUUGAGCACGUGCUGGAGAACCUUGCUGAAUGGAUUACUGCUAAGCCAGUUAAGAAGAACCUGCUCACCAUGAUGGACGAGGCCUAUAUUCAGCCAGAGCCCCUGGGAGUCGUACUGAUCAUCGGCGCUUGGAACUACCCCUUCGCUCUCACCAUUCAGCCGCUGGUAGGAGCCAUCGCUGCAGGAAAUGCUGUGAUUGUCAAGCCCUCUGAACUAAGUGACAGUACAGCCAAGAUCCUGGCUAAGCUUAUUCCUCAGUACUUAGACAAGGACCUGUAUGCUGUUAUUAACGGCGGUGUGGAAGAGACCACGGAGCUUCUGAAGCAGCGAUUUGACCACAUUCUCUAUACGGGAAACAGCGUGGUUGGAAAAAUUGUCAUGGCUGCUGCCGCCAAGCAUCUGACCCCUGUGACUCUCGAACUGGGAGGGAAAAGCCCGUGUUACAUUGACAGAGACUGUGACCUGGACACCGUUUGCAGGUGA